CAGUUUUAAUUAAAUAUUUCAAGACAAGACAAGUAUUAAACACAUAAAUAUUUAAGCAAAAAUGUUGCAUUAUAAACUAAUUUUAGUAUGUUGUGGACUGUUUGUAAUUUUAAAGUUAAAUAAUGGCGAAGUAUUUAGCAGCAGCAGCAACUACAGCACUUCAUUUCGUAGCGAUGAUUAUGUCAAUAUAAAUAAAAGACAAUAUGAGAGAACUAUAAAAGACUUUGAUUAUCAAAUUGAAAUCUUUAAACAACUGUUUAAUGGUCGUCUAAGCACAUUGGAGAACCAAUUGGAGAUGUUAGUCGAUAGUUUGAAAAUCAAUGAUGAACUUCUGAAUCCCAUGGAAAUACUAAGUGAUUUCAGUAAACACUGCGUUACCAAAUAUCGUCCCAGGAUACCCACAAUUGAAGCCACUAAAACAGCCAUGCAAGCAUGUGUUACCGCAGCCAAAAAUCAAUUGAAUAAUUUGGUAAACACUCCAUUAACCACCAGAAAUAAUUUGCAAAAUUACUAUCGCAAUAAUUUUGAGAAAGAAAUUAAGAGUUGUGCCACAAAACAUGCCAACAUGUUGUCGUUUAAUUACACCACCUGUUUAACAAGUUUGAUUUCAACUGUCAAUGUUGUUACUCUUAGUAAUCAAAAAACAUUCAACACUCAAAUGGAGUCCUCUCAGUGCACAGCAAAUACCCAUAUAAAAAAGGCCAUUGAUUGCAGUUUCUUGGCUCAAAAUCGCACUUUGUCUUUGAUAGCCGAGGCCAAUACUUUGAUCAAUAAAUGUUUGGAGAAUCUUAAUAAUAGUGAAGACUUUUGUUCGGAUGUUUUUUAUAUGCGACAAGCUCAUGUCGAUCAUAAGAAUUUUUCAAUGACGAAUCCAUUUUAUGGUCGCAAUGAGUCUAUUAAUUGUUUAUUAAUAAAAUUGUAUUAGUUUAGACUGUGAGAGAGAGAGAUAAGUUUGAUUAUUCUAAGUUUGAAUAAUGUAUGAUAAUAAAUUAUGUGUAUUAACUACAA